GGACGUCAAACGGUUGGUGUCAACUGCGUUUUUGCAUUUUACCAUGGCCUUCCGCGCUGCGCUGCAACGAGCGGGCCGUCAGGCUGUCCAAAAGAUGCAGGUUGCUCCUGCUCCUUCGAUGUAUGCCAUGCGCGGGUUUGCCACAUAUCAAAAGAAGAACGACGACGGCAGCGACGGCUUUGACCCGUUGGAAGGCGACGUGGAGCGCGUGUUCCACACCGCGUUUGAUACGUGGGAAGGCAACGAUUUGCCCGAAAUCGAAGAAAAGUUCGAGAACCCGAGCUGGUGGGAGACCGACUUCCCCGAAGGCUUCACGGACGACAUGAAGCACGAGGUGGAGAUGCUCCAAGUGUUUGAGGACCUCGUGCCGUACAUGGACCGAUCGUGGGAGUCGACAAUCCACCCGCUGUUGGACGGGUCGAAAAUCGCCAUGCAAAUGAACGUGACGUUGGAAGACUUCGACAACAAGCUGUUCUUGGACGACCAGACCACGUACGACACGAAGGUGACGAUGGAAGUGCCGCUGAGCAGCUUGUCGUUGACCGACGCGCAAAAGGAGAUCUUCAUCCAGCUGUGCGGGCCCCGCUACAACAAAAACAAAAAGCUCUUCAAGUUCACGGAAGACCGGUACGAAAAGCGCGUGUACAACCACAAGCGCCUCUGCGAGAUCCUCCGGGACUUGGUCACGGCGUCCGUCGAAGUCAGCGCCCAAACCCCCACCGCGUAGAAACGACACGACAGUGUGCUAUAUACAGACAGACCCAACAAUACCAUUUAGAUUCCCCUUCCCUUGAUCUCGUCCCCUUUCGUUCCAAGCAUCUCCAUGUCCCUCGUCGUCGCAGAUAGUUUACUGGAGUGU